GCUCCUGAAUGACUGAUUUCUGUCCUCUCUUUUCUUCUCAAUGCGCUUUUACUACAUUUCCCAUGAUUCCCUUCCGAACUUCCUGUAUGGAUAUAAAGCGUGUGUGAUUGCGGCAGCGAGAGGCCUGGGAUGAGAAGAUGCUGCGCAGGAAGCCCACGCGCCUGGAGCUGAAGCUGGACGACACCGAGGAGUUUGAAAGCGUCAAGAAAGAGCUGGAGAGUCGAAAGAAACAGAGGGAUGAGGUGGAUGUAGUUGGUGUGGCCACAUCCAGCGAGAUGAGCGGUGCAUCAGGUGGCGGCACGGACGGGAAGACCAGGGAGCAGAUGAUCCACGAGCGAAUCGGUUACAAACCCCUCCCAAAGCCUAACACGUUACCCUCUCUUUUUGGGAACCUUCAGUUUUGACAAUGUGCAAACAUGAAAAAAUGCACUAAAAGGUCUUAAGAAUCACACACAUACAUAGGAUUUAAUAAUGCCUGACCUGAAAAAGACUGAAAGCACAUGCAUUCUGAGUUUGGUUAACUGUGUUUGUGAUAACUGAUUACAGAGGACUAUUUUUCUACUCGAGUUAAUAAAAUCUUGUUAGUUGGAUGUGGAAAAUUGUAUCUUUUAGUUUUACUGUAAAUACAACAAGAACAAGACAAGGAUUAAUAUUUCACAGAUGAGGCGAUCAUCAAAACGGGUUGGUUUAUAAAUGAGGUGGUCAAGAAGUUCUCUUUGAAAUCAUACAGUAUUUAUUCAUCAUUUUCUUCAUGAUUACAGAACUUUACUCUACAGACUUGACUGAACUGUAAACAGACUAAGAAAUCAUUACACUGCCACAGCGCUGGAAAUGA